AUGGCAAAGUCAUUGGGGAGAGAUUCUGCUAAAAAGGAGUUUGCUGAAGAACUGUUAACCUACAGUGAUACCUUCAACAAGAUAGUGUUCACAUCAUUCAAAGGAGACACUGUCAAAGAAGCUGGCCCUGCUUUUGACCACCUAGAGAAUGCUCUCCAUAAAUUUAAUGAUGGGCCUUUCUUCCUUGGCCAUGAGCUCAGUUUGGUGGACAUAGCUUACAUCCCGUUUGUUGAAAAAUUCCAAGCCUUCCUUUCAGGAGUGUGGAAUUAUGACAUCACUGCAGGAAGGCCUAAACUUACUAAGUGGAUCGAGGAGGUGAACAAGAUUGAUGCUUAUAAGCCAACAAAGACGGAUCCCAAAGUGAUUGUUGAAUUAUUCAGUGCCCGCUUUUUGGCUAAGCACUGAACAUACCAGCACAGUUCCAUUGGACGUUAAUUAGUGAAAUAAGUGGCUGUCUUUUAUUUUUUAUUUUUCUUUUGUU